AUGGAAGAACUAAAAAAAUGCCCCGAGUUCCAGAUAGGAUGCCCCUUUAAAGAUGCUAAAAAUGUCAAGGAAGUGGUCGAAGAAUUGUCCAAGAUGCCAGAAUCAAAGCACCACACGGGAGAGGCACAUGAGCAGCUACUCGGCAUGCUGAAGGCUGUUCAUUCUGAGUCCAAAAAGUUGGAAGAGAACGUUGGAGAAUGUCCUGUGUUUAAGACAGAGGAAGGCUGUCCUUUUAAAGAUGCCAGCAAGGAAGGAAAACCUUUGAUAGAGCCACCAGCAGCUGUGUUAGAAGGUUUUACUACCUCUGAUGUCAGUAAACUGAAGGAGAAGUGUCCUGCUUUCAAGGAAGGGUGUCCAUUUGCCAACACGGAGAAUGAAGCUCUUUUGGGAGAAAUUAAGAAAUGCCCUGAGUUUGAAGAAGGAUGUGCCUUCAAAGAAGCUAAAACAAUCGAAGAAAUCCACAGUAAGCUGUCGCAGAUGCCAAGCAGUGACAAGGAAUGUCACCAUAAAGAAGCUCUGAUGAAGACCAUGAAAGUCAUUCACAGUGUUGGCCAUGAGAAAGCUGAGGAGUGUCCUGUACUUCAGAAAGAUGGUUGUCCAUUUAAAGCUGUUGAGAGUGAAGGAAAGCCUCUUGUGGAGCCAGCUGAUUCAGUGUUGCCAGCUGGUGCAAAAAGGAAGUGCUCAACCACUGAUUCAGGGUGUCCUUUUGCCAAAGUUGGCAAAGAAGAUCCAAAGAAAUAAUCAGUAGAUCUUAUGCUGAGGCUCUCAAACUCAACACAACAUGAAAAAACACAAACUUUUAAUUUUUUAAAUUAAACAUGGAUGAAUACACAUUGUUGGUUAUGAUAAGUAAACUGUCAAUUACCACCUGUGUUGAAAACAGUAAGGCAAACCAUUAAAGUAAACUUUAUCAUUCUUAUCUGAGUCUUGCUAUUUAUAAUUGUGAUAACUAUACUUGUAUUGAAAACAUGUUUUUACUUUUAAAAUUCUUUUCUUUACAUUGUUAACCCUUAACCUCCCUUAACGGACCAAGACAGAAUUUCUCUUAGCAAGAUUAAUGCAGCAUAGGGCAGAUAAGUGAUGAAAAUAAAGAAAAAUAUCAAUUUAGGGAUUGCUAGUCAAUCCAAUACCAAAUUUUCUUAAAUAACAUCAUAUGAAUUGUAUGACAGAUAGAAAGGAGAAUUACUAAUAAGAUCUUGGGAGUGACAGGGUUCACUGAGACACCACUGUUGUAAAAUCAAUGUCAAAAGGAGGGUGACUCAAGACAGUUCCAACCAUGAAGCAAACUUGUAUUUCCAUUGUUGUUGUGAGAGGGGAUAGGGAGCUUCUGGUAGAAAAAGGUUUGCUCAUGGAGUGGAGUAGGUGUUUCAUGCAUAGUUUAGAUUUAGUGAAACGAGAAAUCUGGGUACUAGAAGUAAUGCUCUUCCCCAUGCUACACGCUCUCUUAUUCAAGAUGGCGGCUUUAUGAAGAUGGUCUUCUUAAACAGCUUGUCUCGCAAUAAACAACAGCUGGGAAUCAGCUGAAAUGUAAACAUGACUGACCAUGAUCCAGAGAGGGCCAUACUGCAUAUUGUGGUGGUUGGAUUCCAUCAUCAGCGAGGAUCCGAGGUAAAAUAGGUCCCGAUUAUUUGCUCGAAAGUAUCAGCUUUGAAGAGAAGCAUUCCAAAAUCUGUACUAAAAUACGACAUUGUUUCCCUGUUUUCGUCGUUAUGAUUAUUAUUUCCAUAAAUUGCAGGUGGAGUUUUUGUAUCCACCGCUUGGAAAGCAAAGAAAUUCUCAAUCUUCAAUACUUCCGAGUGAAUGGAAAUUUCUGCCGUUUUUGGCUUUACCAGAUGGAGCCCAUAACUGUGAGCAAGGUAUUAUUCCAGAAAACUCCUCAUUUAGUCUGGUGGUGAUUUAUAGCGCGCAUUUCAAGCAUCGCGUAUACAGCCAUCCAUUGAGUCCCGGGCUGUUUUAUUUACAAUACUAGAAAUGUGCAGCCUAAAAACGCUUUUAAUCAAGUUACUGAUUUUCAUUAAUUUGUAGACACAACUUUCUUCCAUGUACCAAGUCUCAGCACAGCAGACACUAGGCAGAACCCACAGUCAACUAUUUUUGGAAUUUCUUGUUACAAGCAGAUUGAUAGUAAGGUUGUUAUAAUUCAUUUCUCUAAUUCAGAUAAUGAUGAUUUAAAGGAAGGCUUAUGUGAAUAAACAAAGUACAUAUAUAGGUAUGAUGUACAAAUAUUAUUAUCAAUGUUAGCAUAUAUCUGAAAAGGGCUGUCUUUGGUGACAAGAACAGAGUUCCAACAACAGGAGCAGAAGUUUUCACAAAUAAUAUUAUAACUUGAGGAAGCAUUGUUAUAAAAGUGAAUAUUCAGACUCACAGAGAAUGCAAUUGUACUUUUUUCCUAACCAGAUGGGGGCACACAUGAAGUGUUGUUCAGCCCAUGUUUUGCUUCCUAAAAAUUAGAGAUGGGAAUGAGACAUUUCAGAGUUUAUUGAUUUUUAUUGACUAAUUCAUUUUAUGUUGAUAGGACUUAAAAAUUAAAAGUGAGGAUGUGACCAGAAGCACUGUACAGAAGAGUGUUUGUGUCCUGUCCUGCUUGGUGAGUACACAGGUUACUUAAGUGAAAGGUAACCUGUUGUUUCAACUUAGCCUGCAGAUUGAGUGUCAUUUUUGCUUUUUCUAGGCAAGCAGAGACAAGUGCUGGGAGAAUGCAAAACGUAACUUGUCUCUCGAGAACACUUUGUGCCUGCCACUUGUAGCCUAAAAAACACAACAAUGCAAAUUCUUUGUAGGCUAGCUCAAAUACAGAACAUGUAGUAUUACCAAGCAGUGGGGGUCAAAAUGUACCACUACACAAUGAAAAAAAUAAAUAUGUUAGAUUAGAUAUUUAACCUUUUAAGAAGGAGGUAGUAUACUCUAGGGUAAACUAAUAUCUAAUUAUUUAUGAUUAUUUAUAAUCAUUUAUUUUACAUUUAAUGAGAAUGAUAGUUUAUAAACCUACAAAAAGUAGUGCUAGUGUAAGGAUUAUCAUAAAAUUGAUAAUGGUCUUCUUCCUGUUACUAACUUAAUUGAUAAAGAUCCUUAGAAGAAUAACUUGAAAGUUUUCAUUUGUUUGAAGAUCAUCUUUGUUUUUAAGAUGAUAUUCAAUUGUAAGACUCCAUUACUUGACAAAGACUGGAAAUAUGAAGACAAUAGUUGAAAAAUAACAAUUCAAUUUACAAUUUAUCACAGAACUAGACAAACAUUAAACAACUACAAUUAUUUAAAUAAUUUUUUCUUGUUUUAUCAGCCACUUUAUGGAUACCUAAGAGAAAAGCUGCAAGUUGCUACCAGACUCUAUUUUGAAGAAAAGGAUUUCUCUCAAACAGGAAUUUUAGAGGUACCUGAUAUCCGCACAGACUCAACUGUACUAGAAACAAAUUGUGAAAGCUUUGUUUUGACAUCUUUCCCUGUUAUCACUAAUAACUUGGUUUCUUUUAAUUCAAAAUUAUAUUGUGUGGGUUUUCAGGAACUAUAUAGAAAUUUAAACAUGACUGUUUCACCAAAUCUGAUAUCAGAAGAAUCUUUACUAUUCAUUGGUGAGUUUUUCAUGGUUUUAUAUUAAUAAUGAAUAGUUAAAAGUCUCUAAAGAAAGUGGUUAUAAAAUUUUCCCAAUUAAACCAUACCAUAAGUAAUGGUGUCAUGCCAAGGUUAUAGAUUAUACAAUUCCAGGGUUUUUUCAGUAACUGUUUUUUCCCUAUUGUUAGGUUUUUCAGCUGUAGAAUUAGUUAGAAAGUUCAGACAUCGGGUGAGUAAAAGCAGUUCUGUCAUAAUAACUACUUUACAUGUUUAAUUAACAGAAUUCUUAAGCUAAAGAAGAAGUAAAAAAUGGUUCAUUAGUUUAUAUAACAUAAAAACUUAAUUAAAAAAAUAAAUUAUAUUCUUCAACUUUACAGAUUUUAGCUCUUUUUAAACUGCUUCUCCUUGAAAGAAAGGUGUGUGUUUUUUGCAUAAUUGAUCACAAAGUUUUAAACUAGAGAGGUUAACUUUCAUAGAAUUUUGUCUCAUGCAUUGUCCUGUGAUAUUUGAUGUAUUUAGUGUAUCAAACUGAAACAGACUGAAAAUUACAAAAUAUUUACAAGCAAUGUGAAGCACAACUUUUGUAUGCCAUGUCUUGAAGAAGUUAUAAAAGAAAUUUAUAUGUUUUCAUUACAUACACUAUACUUCUCUUCUACUUGACACAGUGAUAUUAUGUUGUUAAUAAGGAUUUUUCAAUUGUAAUUUGAAGUUAAUAUACGUAUACUUUUCACAUCUUUAUCACAGGUCAUCUUUCAUGGAUUUCCAGUUAGUAACAUUUGCUCACAGCUUCUCUCACUUGUUUCUCUGUUUCCAGGUAAGCAUUCAAUUAGUAUUCAAUUAUGAAAACCAUAACUAUAUUCAAAGUUUAAAUGUUUUCUUCUUUUUGAUGCCACAUUUUAGAACUUUACAUAAAGGAAUCUGACCUUUACCACAGGCAGACAUGUACAAUAAAUAUAAUAAAGUGCUAAAACUGUUGCCUGAAAAAGCCUGAAGUGAUUAUUUUUCUAUUUCAAUAUAAUAAAGAUAUAGCAAGUUGGUAUUGUGGUUUUAAUUACCACCUUUAGUGUAUGUUACAUGGUUAUUUUUGGCUAAGAAAGCUGCCCUUGCAACUCAAUGAUAAACUUCUUAUUUAUUCAAGGCACUUUGUGGCAAUAAUUCUUAUUUCUCCCACAUUCAACCUCCAAUGCUGAACAGAACAUAAGUCAGUAUUCAUGUUUUUUGUGUUUUGUAGGAAUGAUUCAGGGUGGUCUGGUGUAUUCAGUCACCAGAGAAAAAAUUUUUGAAGAGGACAAGUCAGAGAGUGUAUGUAUGUUUUAUAAUUAAAUUAUAAACAUUUUGAAUUGUAACAGUCAGAGUAGGAUGGCUAGCCAGAUUUCUGUUGUGCUAUUACAUCUUUUGGUCUCAUGUUGGAGAUUCCCUUUAAACUCUAUGUUUUAAUUCACAUUAUUUAGAACAUUCUCUCAUGGUUACCUCUGUUAAAGGAUCAUAGGGAGGUAACCUGCCUGUUUUUAUGUUGUUUAAAUAUGGAAAUUUAUGAAAAAUAUUCUUACAAUAAUCUGCUCAUAUCAGCGAAAUGGUGCUCAAAAGUUGCAGAUAUUAUACACCUGCAAGUAUGUUUUGAGUUUUUAAACAGAAAGUAAUGAAAAAAAGAUUUAAAAAUAUAUGUUGGGAAUGAAGUUCAUAACAGAUUUCCAGGUGUGUGGGUACACUGCAUAAUGAUUAAGUAAGAGUUUUAAGAAUCCAUAGAGGAAUGCAUGAAAUAAUGUUAUUACUAAUGUAUGACCCAGUAAUUAACUGACCAGGUAAUUUCAAGUUAAGUAAGUUUUUAUUGUUGUUUUACACUGAAACAGGAUAUUCAUGUCCAUGAAUAUGAACAGCUACCAGUGGAUUUAUUUGGAUUUCCUUUAGCAAUCUUUACAAAAGUGAGUCAAGUAAACACUGCUUAAUAUUGUAUCAACUACUAAGGAUUCACUGUUCAAUGUUAUUUAAUUCCUUAAAAAAUGAUGAUGAUUUCUACCGUUUCUUAAAAAAAUAAAUUUCUUCAUUUUCACCUGACUGCUCUAAAAGGUUUAGAUAUUAUUCUUUUAGUUUGAGACAGUGAAGAACAAAUGAACUCCCAUAAAAAACACAACAUUUUAUGUUACAGCAGCAUUACCAUCUUACAUGUGGUAUGGAUAUUUCUACAACUCACUCUUUUUUUUUUCCUCGUAGAACUCUUUGUUUCAUCCCUAUUUAUCUUUGCAACAAAUGGAACUGUUGAAGAGUUCUCAUGUCAGAAGUUUUGUGGUUGGGGCAUCAAAUUAUUUGUACAAACGGCAAAAAGGAUUAUCAGAUGUUUUGGUGGAUGUGAGUACAAAAGAGCUAUCACAUAUUAGUAUAAAUCUACUAAGUUUUUAUCACAAAUGCUUUGAUAUGAAUUCUACAAUGGAUGAUUACAAAAUGGUUCUUCCUGUUUAUUUUAACUCCCAAAAGGAUUAACAUUUAACUUCUCCCCAUGAUAUCCAUACAUUGUCUAGCAAAUAGGUAAUGAGAAUAUUCAAAUAUAUCAGGUAGAGGUUGUUUUCUUGAUCGAGCACAAAAUUCUCACAAAUAAUAUAUAAGAUUAAUGGUUAGCAAUUGGAGGGAAGGAUUAACAAUCAGAUCUUGGGAGUUCCAGGGUUACCUGAAAAUGUUUUGUGUACAGGGAAAAGGACAAAAUUUGUUUGUUAAUCUAUAAGUUUGUUUUUGACAACAGCUGGAGAGUAGUACAAUUGAAAUUCAUGAUCCUGAACUAACCGAACAGUUGUCAUUAUCAACUGCUGACCUGAGGUUUGCAGACUAUCUAAUUCAUCACGUUGAUGAUUAUGCUGAGAAAGGCCAACAAGAAGCAGGUUAAUUGCAGUGAUUUUGACCUUGAUAGAAUUAAUUUAUUUUUAGUUUUGAUUGUGUGUAUAUAUAAUUCAUCACUACCAUUGACAAUGAGAGAAAAAUUGUCUCAAUGUGGUAAAUAUUUUCAGGAAAGGAAGAGAACAAAAGGUUCUAACAAAAUUGAUGAAAGGGAUUUUUUCUAUCUGAAUAGUUGACUUGUGCUCAUAUUUCUUAUACAUUUGAACUGUACUCCACUUAAAAAAUGUUUCAAGCAGAAUAAACAUUCCAUUUGUUGGUUUAUUUAAACCCAGUGGAGAGAGUUAGGAGCUGAAACUUCCUCAGUUGCCACCUCAAUAUUGGUGAUGCCUGUUUGCAACCCCAGGAAAGAAGACGGGGGGGUGGAAUAUGAGCACUAACCUCACAUGUUGUCAAGGAAACUCAUUUUUGCUUUUUACUGACUAAUAGUGGGAUAAAUAUUUGUUACGUCAGUAAGCACAGUGUUAAUCCCUCACAGAAUUAGGUUACUAUCUCUUUAGAUUUGGACAAAUAAUAUUAUCGUUUCACUUAGUUAAGGAGAAACUGACUGGAACAUGGUUGGUCUUUUUUUGGAAAAUAUUUUGACAGAAUCAUUUAGCCUUCAUCAGUGUGAUUCAGUUGAAAAAUUUUCCAGGAAAACUUACAACAUUUCAGUCAGUUUCUUUUACAUUACAUCUUUGGAACUGAAGUAAACACUUUUGCUUCUAUUUCACUUAUUGUUGAAACUUACCCAGAGAGUAACCUAUCUUGUUGAUUUAUUACAAUGUCAGGAACUUGCCAAGAAAUUCUGUUUUUCUUGAUCAGAGUCCAGUUUUAAUUAUAUUUUUCUUGUAUUCCUUAGGCUGGGAUGGUAGUGAUGAGUGGAUCAGAGCCCAGUUCAAAUUGUAUCUUCUGUCAUUGUUAUCAACCAUUCAACACACAGGUUUGUGAUCCUGUGUAUGGCUUUGCUUCUAAUGUGGGAGCACUCGUCUGAUACUCCACUAUUUGCAGGGGGUGAUGGGAUGGCAAACUACAAUGAGAAGUUCAUAGAGGCCUGGAAACAAACUACAAACUAUCAAGUGUGGAGAGGAAAAGAACACACAGGGAUUGAUGAUGUACAUGCUGGGUAAAGUACACGGCAUUUCCAAAGUUUGCUUUUCAUUGCAAACCCUAAAUUGUAGUAACAGUUUAACACCAUUUUCUUGACAGACAUCCUUUUCAAGGACAGAUGAGGCUAGCAGAUAUUAAAAUCAGACUCUCUAAGUAAGAUGUUAGCCUAUUAAAUCCAUUUUAAACUUGUUGUUGUUGUUUGUAUUUUUAUUUCAAGAACAUGUCACAAAGGAAUGCUUUUAAGUAAAGUUCAGAAAUUAUAAACAGUGUUGUCUACCAAUUUUCUAAAGUACAAUAUGUAUCUGUUUGUUGUGUAGUGUUAUGCAGACAGAAAGAGGCCGUAGGAUUGGUCAUGCUGUGGUGGAAACUGGCAAAGUCGUAGGUAUGAUAGGUAUUUGUUUUUAGAUCCUCUAGAGGAGAGGGAUUGCACAAACUUGUUCCCAGAGUUCUCUCCUUGUUGUCCUUGGGGGAUGAGUGGGAGACAGCUUCCAGAACUAGGGAAAACAUCAAAGGAGUUUUGGAAGUUACGAUAUUUUGAUUCUUUAUUUUUUUUCUUAGGUGGGGCUAUUAACAGUGCACGCUCAUUUGUGACAUCAUGGUUGUCUGAGUUGACGCAAUCAUCUUCAGAGCAGAAUGAAGAGGAGACUGGGGAGGGUAAAGCACCAGAAGAGAAAAGUGAAGCAAAAAUUGAUGAAGAAAAGAAUGCAGGGCUACAGGAAUGAUGAAUGGUGCAGCAAUUUAGUGAUUGUACUUGGCUGGUAAUGCAGUCAGUAUGCUGAUAAUGACAAAAAGGUAUCAUCCAAGCUUGUCAUGCGAAGAUGUUGUAGUUAAGGAAUUAAAUCACUUUAAAGACAUUGUCAUCAUACUAUUGUAUUGGGAAAGUAUUUACUACAGGCAAGGUUGAGCAGAAAUUAUUAUUAUAAUUUAUUACGUACAUCAACUUAUUAUUAUCAUUAUCAUUAUUAUUAUUAUUUUGCCUACAUUGCAUUUUUCUGUUAAGAGCCUUUCAAUUCUGGGGAAGUUUCCUAAAAUUAAAAAAUAUCUAAAUUUUUAUGAAAAAUAGCAAAAUAGCUUGUUAACUUAAUCAGUUAAGCAUUUUUUCACCCAAGCAGCACAAUUUAUAAUAAUUUGCAGGGAAAAGGGGAAUCUCUAGCAGGAAAAUAUUGUGUCAGCUGUGUUAUCUCAUGGAGCAUGUUCAAUUUGAAUUUUCUGGGUAUGGAAACUGCAUUA